CAAGUUUUGGCCGAGCGUCGGGUGAGUUUUUCUGAAACACCUCAUCUUGUCCAUGAAAUCAGCGAAGAAAAUAAACAUGUCAUGUUGCCUUUUUGAAGCCUGCUUGGUAGUGUCUUCAUGUCUUAUUUUCUUAUUUGAUUGAAUCGGAGUUUUUAAGCGUUCUUGCACAUGUCUUGAUCAGGUGAAGCUGGAUUUGACAAGCUGCAAGUUUUGGCAGAGCAACUGUUUGCUUCAUUCCCCGUUUGUGAUGGCUGAUGAUACCAAGUUCCUCCUUUUGUUUCUCCUCUUGAGCAGCUCAUCUUUGUGUUUUGGUUUUGAGCUUGAUAUCCAGUGCCUGAGGUCUGUAAAACAAUCAGUGAUAGAUUCCAACGGUGUACUCAAUUCCUCUUGGGAUUUUGAAAAUUCUGGCAGAUCUAGCUUCGAUGGGUACAUAUGCCGAUUUAAUGGUGUGGACUGCUGGCAUCCCGACGAUAACAGGGUUCUCUCUUUGCAUCUCGGCAACCUAGGACUUGAAGUCCCAUUUCCUGAAGGUCUUAAAGAUUGCACAAGCAUGAGCGGUCUGGACCUGUCGAAUAAAAAAAAUUCAGGACCGAUUCCCUAUGACAUCGCACAGCAGAUGCCAUAUCUGACAUAUCUGGAUCUCUCGAACAAUAGAUUUUCAGGUGAAAUCCCACAAAGUAUCACAAAUUUGGCAUACCUGAAUGUAUUGAAACUUCAACAUAACCAACUCAGCGGUCAAAUUCCAGAGCGGUUGAGCAUGCUCAGUCGGUUAACCACGUUCAAUGUUGCAGAUAACUUCUUGUCGGGGCCUAUUCCUACUUUUGCACAUGACUUCUCGCCUUUAUACUUUGCUGGUAACCGGGACCUUUGUGGUGCACCAUUGGACGAGUGCCUCCGGAGUCGAAGAUGGAGGCUGAUACCAAUCAGGCUGCGCAGGAUCAACGACGAGUCCAGUAUCGGAGUGGCUGUCGGGUUCGUCCUAGGGUUCGUGGUGGCCUUCUACUUCCAGCACAACUUCGUGCGCUCUGAGAGGCUCCGUGACUACGUAGUUCGCAUAUGA